CCCACGCGCCGCCGUGCAGGUAGCUGGUUCGCGGCCCCCUGCCCCGGGUGGGCCCCUGUGAGGGUCAUCCCCGAGGAAGAAAUGGCUGAGCACAACCUUCUUGCUAUUCGAGUCAUGGUAACCAGCGAUGCGAGCAGCUCUGAGCUGGAGCCCGAUGUCAGUGGCGACUGGUCGAGCUCAGAGGUGGGCGAAGGGCCCACGGCCCCUGUGAGCCCCACGAGAAAGGGGGCCAUGCUGGCUGGCAGCUCGGCUGCGGCAGAGGAAAGCCGGAAAACAUCCAAAGUCACCGAUGCACUACAGAGAGCCAACAGUUUUCAUUCCUCUGCAUUAAAUAAGUAUCAGAAUUGGAGAAGAAAAAUCCAAACGAAUUUUCCUCUACUGUCUAGCAAGAAAACUGGGCUGCAUUUGAAGGAGAGCUUGGCCAGCUGUGAAAGUGCUCUCAGAGAUGAUCACUCCCAAACACAGUUGGCUUCUUACAAGAAAACACCGGAAGUUACAAGAGGGCAUUUCAAGCCCUACAGCCCAGUAUUUCAAAGAAAAGAAAAAGCCAAAGAGAUGCCUGAAGAUAUUCGUCUCUAUGUGCCUCAUUGUCCAUUUCAGGGAAGUGCGAGAUGUUCUUCACUGACACCUCCUGGGAAUGAGACACUGGCUGCUGAUUUUUCUGAGCCUGAAGAUAUAGAUGGUGAUGCUGGGAAACACACAGCCCAGGACUGGAAUGAAAAAACCCAGGAAUAUACCUCUGAACCAGAAGAUUUUAAUAGGAAAGCAAAAGUGCUGUCAUUUGCAGAUUUGGAAGAAAAAAAUGAGAAAAGUACAAGGCACCCAAAAGAAAAGCUUGAGCAAGAAUUAAAGGAUGCAAAAAGGAGGAUAACUAGGAGGUUGACACUUUGCGCAGAACAGCAACCCAUGUUACAUGAUUCAAACGGGGCAGACUUGGGUGGAGCCAGUCUAGGGUAUCAACACAGAAGAGCGAUGGGGAUUUCAGAGGAGAAGGAUGCUGCCAGGAGAAAAGAUGUGUUCAAACCAUCUGGUUGUCCUGUGCCUCUUUCACUUGCAAAUGGUGCUCUGCUAGCUUUGCCAGGUGACACGAAAGGUGCUCGGGGGAGCCUGGAUGCAGCUGCCAAAGAACACGUGGCCUGCCAGCCUAGAUCACCACUGAGACUGAUUGCCAACGCCAUAAGGAGGUCCAUUCUGGAGCCCCUAACCUCUCCCCCAGAAGGGCUAAAGCAGAACUCAGGCAGCAAAGCCAAAGCCUCGCCAGAACAAGCUUUCUUCACCUUCCCUAAUACUCUUGGCCGUUCCCUAACCCAGAGGAACAAUAAUAGAGAUAAUAACAUGCAGCUGCAGGAGCUUAAAGUAGGGGAGCAGGCAGGAAAAUAUUUAGGACAUGGGAACCCAAAUCCAUUUCAUUCUUCUGUUGUCUCUAAAGAGAUAUCUCCAAGGGAUUACACCGAGGAGGCAACCUUUCCAGUCUACAGCCCUCACACCAUGCCUUCCAUGAUGGCGAGUAAACCUCAGAAAUCACCUUGCGCUGCUAGGAUGGAGGAUGUCCCAGGACUUCUGGAAAAGUUUACCUUUCAAGAGACUCCUCCAAGGGCUCCUGUGGAUGACCUCUUUGUUUAUAAUGAAAAAUACCUCCUUGUUUCAGCCCCAGAACCCAAUAACACCACCUCCAAAGACAACCUGGAUGCUUCUGCACAGAAGAAUACUCUUGGGACGUUCUUUGAAAGAUUGAGAAGUAAAGUCAAUGAAAGAGAAGGGAAUUCCUUCAUGCCAUCUAUGCCUUUCACUAAGGACCUUUCUCCAGAGGACAGACUAAAUUAUCCUUCCACAGGCUCUGAACACCUACCUGUCAGAAGACAAACUGAUGAGUAUUCUUCUUCUUCCUCAGAUGAUGAAUUUGAAUCCAAGUUUUCAUUAACACACAAGGCAAAAAGGAGUCUUAGAAGGAAAAGGAAGCUGGAGAAGGAGACAAAGCAAUUGAUUAAACAAGAGGAGCUGAAGAGGCUUCACAAAGCGCAGGCAAUCCAGCGCCAGCUAGAAGAAUUGGAGGAAAGGCAAAGAGCUCUAGAGAUUUUUGGUGUUAAACUGGAGCGAGAACUAAGAGGAGAAUCAGAUUCAGGCACACAGGAUGAAACUCAGAUGCUGCAUGAAUGGUUUGAGCUGGUCCUGGAGAAGAAUAAAUUAAUGCAUUAUGAAUCUGAGCUCUUGAUUAUAGCCCAAGAACUAGAACUGGAGGACCACCAGAGCAGGCUGGAGCAGAAGCUGAGGGAGAAAAUGGCCAUCGACGACAGCCUUAAAGAUGAGAUGGAUCUGAAUGAGGAAGACGAAAUUUUUACUGAGAUGAUGAAGGUGGUUGAACGAAGGGACAAACUCGUGUCUACUUUAGAGGAACAGAGAGUGAAAGAAAAAGCAGAAGACCAGCACUUUGAAAACUUUAUAUUAUCUAGAGGCUAUCAGCUGAGCAGGAUUUAAACAGCCACAUGUGAAUAAAUGGAGUUUCAGCAAUAUUCAUGAUCAUGGAAAUUUCCAGUCUUCUGGAAAAUGAAGGAAUUCAAAUUUAAAAUCAGUUUAUUUGGAAAACAUGCUGUUUUGUUAUCAAAAGCUUUUAAGUAGUUUCUUUGCUCCCACUGGAGUGAGUCUAGCCCCACAGAGAAGUUACAGCAAUAACUAUCUACACCUUGCUAUCAACUUAAAGGGUCACAAGGAUAAAGAAUGGGAUUGAAUUCACCUAUCUGGGCAUCAUGUUCUGUGAAAGUGAAAUAGCAGCUCUGUUGUCCUGGAAUUUUAUUUUAUUCCUGAGAAUAGAGUUCCCUAGAAACAUGAUGACGUGAUUUGGCAUUUUUGCGAUUGCAUUAUUUUCCAUCCGUUUAGCUGAAUCUGUAUGUGAUUUUGGUAAUGUUUUGGCACAGCUGAGCAACAGUCAACUAUUUAAAGGCAAUAAAGCAAGAAUCUCACACAAAAAUAGGUUAGUUUUUAUUUCUGGUGGAGGAAGGAUCUUUUGAAUAAUUACAUAUAUUAUAAGUAAUCAUUAUAACUACUGUAAAUGCAAUGUCAGAAAUUAGGUUUUUCUAGACAUUUGUAAGUUUUAGUGCACUGUAUAUUUUUGAACAAGAAUUUAAUGCAAUAUUAAAUCCCUACAUGUUGGAAAAUGGUAAGAGAAUAUCAAAGAGGUGACUCCCCUUAAAAGACUGUUAAAAGCUCAGAAAAGCUCUCUGUAUGUUACAGAUUAAGGUCGUCCCUAAAAUAUACCGAAUAAUGUUUUAAAAAUAGCAAUCCAGAACUGAUUAGUAUUUAUAGGGUAUGCUUUACAGUUGGCAUGCUUGGUAAAAUGCAUCACAGAUAGUAUCGUAGGGUACCAUGAGUGGUGUAGCAGUUAGAGACUGCUCCAAGAGACAAUAAUUGCACAAAAGCAUGGCUGAAAAUGCUGAAUUUUGUAAUGCCAGCACUGACAGAAAAUGUUGUGGUUAUAUUUAAACUAUAUUUAUAUUGCUGCUCAAGAGGAAUGUACACUUAUAUUUUUCAGAAUCAUUGUAUUUUGAUUUUUUUUAACUUAAAGGAAAUAUCUCAUCUCUUUGUACAUGCAUUUAUAGCCUUUGGCAUAGCAGAUGUGCAAAACUUCUCCUUACUAUUCCGCAUAUUUUAAGUGCUUUCUUAAAUCUGAGAUAAUUCUGCAAUUUAAGAUUGGUAGCGUUCCCAACUGAAUGUAUGAUCCACUACAUUUUCAA